GAAUUUUCCUUUGUGCACAUAGGAAGACCUGAUUUUUUAUCACAAUGGUUAAAGAUAAAAUUGAGACUGUUUUGGGUCCAAUUGACCCAAAAGAGUUACAGAGGACCCUAACACAUGAGCAUGUUUCUAUGGAUUAUAUGAAACACCUCGUCCCUACAUCGGAAGCUCAGCAGAAUAUGGUGAAUUGUCCAUUUACCUUGGGGAAUUUAAACUGGAUUCGACAUAACCCGUACAGCCAUAUUCCCAACCUGGUUCUGUCUAACGAAACUGACGCGGUUGUCGAUGAUCUGAAAUCUUUCAAGAAAGCAGGAGGUUCAACCAUCGUAGAGAACUCAAGUUUCGGCUUGUCCAGGGAUGUUAAAAAAAUGAAAAUCAUUUCUGAACAGACUGGUGUUAAUAUCGUGUGCGGGACUGGGUAUUAUGUCGAGAGGCAACUCAUUGAUGAAAUGAAGGCACAAUCAGUCGAACAAAUGACACAGGUUUAUAUACGGUAUAUUGUUUAAUGUUUGGUGGUAUAUUGCUGUUAUGUCAGUUUUAUGAUUCACAACCAUUAUACCAUGAUUAGCAUCAUCACCAUUCUUAUCAAUUCCACCAUCAUCACCACCACCACCACUAUCAGUAAUCACUAUCAUCACCACCACCAUACUCCCUACCACCAUCAUUACCACCACCAUUAUCAUCACAACCAUCAUUACCACCAUCAUCCCUACCACCAUCAUCACCAUCACUAUUAUCACUAUUACCACCACUACCAUCAUCAUUAUUAUCACCAUCAUCACUAUCAUCCCUACCACCAUCAUCCCUACCACCAUCCCUACCACCAUCAUCACCAUUAUCACCAUUACCAUCAUCAUUAUUAUCACCAUCAUCACCACCACUAUCAUCCCUACCACCAUCAUCCCUACCACCAUCACUAUUAUCACCAUCAUCAUUACCACUAUCAUCCCUACCACCAUCAUCCCUACCACCAUCACUAUUAUCACCAUUACUACCACUACCAUCACCAUCAUCAUUAUUAUCACCAUCAUGACCACCAUCAUCACCACUAUCAUCACCAUUUUCCCUACCACCAUCAUCAUUACCACCAUCACCACCACUACCAUCACCAUUAUCACCAUCAUGACCACCAUCAUCACCACCACUAUCAUCACCACCAUUACAAUAAAAAAUAACUGUAAAACACACUUGCAAAACUCUGAAUUCAUUUUUCAUUCUAGAAAAUCAUUUCUGAAAUCAACAAUGGCAUUGACAACACAAACAUCAAACCUGGAAUUAUCGGUGAAGUUGGUUGCUCUUGGCCUUUGACAGAAGUUGAAAAACGCAGCAUUCGAGCAGCAGCGAUAGCACAAUCUCAGACCCAAACCCCAGUCAUGAUCCAUCCUGGUCGAAACCCCGCCGCCCCGGGUGAAAUACUUCGAAUCUUUCAAGAGGGCGGCGGGGACACAAGCCACACCGUCAUGGCCCACCUCGACCGAACCUUGUUAAAAGAUGCAGACCUUUUAGAGUUUGCAAAACAUGGAACAUAUUUAGAAUAUGAUCUUUUUGGCAUCGAGAUAUCCUAUUAUCAGUUUGGUCCCAAAAUUGAUUUCCCAAGCGAUGCCCAACGAAUGGAUAAAGCGAGUCUCCUGAUUUCCGAAGGCUAUGGGGAGCGUCUGCUGUUCGCUCACGACAUACACACCACUCACAGACUGACGAAAUAUGGUGGACAUGGUUUUACGCAUAUUUUUGACCAAGUUGUUCCAAAACUGUUACUAAAGGGCAUUCCUCAGGAUGCUAUAGAUAAAAUAUUGAUUUCAAAUCCGAAGUCGUGGCUGACAUACACUUAAAGACAAUUUAGCUUACAUUAAGCUUCAAAAAUACAAUAUAACCACGUGACACAAUCGGAGUUCAGCACUCGACGUGAACAAGUUAGUUCAACAAACUAAAUAAAUUUGAUGAAGAAAUCUUGUAAACAAAAUAGAUAAAAAGAAAAAACCCACUAGUAAUUAUAUAAUGUAACCCAGUAUUAAAUCAAACUAUGAUUACAAAUAAACAAUUUACUAAUACGCCAUUAUCUAAAUGAAGAGCUUGUUUAAUCUAGUGUGUCGUUAAUAAGCAGCUGUGUCUAAUUAACGAAAAGCUCUUCAAUUUUAUUCAAGCUUUGAUAACAGUAUAACGCGUGUAUUACAGUUCUGGCUAUCCUUUUUCGAGUAUAUUUUUUGUGAUAGCAUGCAAAUAUAACCUAAAUUCUACAAAAUUUCCCUAUCAUGCAAACAAUGAACUCAAAACUGGGAGACAUUCAACACAUAAAGUAUGCGAAAUAAUUCGCUGUCUCAACUAGCAUGCAUUUAUAAAUGUGAAAAGCAACAAAGAGAAAAGGGCUGAAAAGAUGGAUGCUCCAAGAGCUGUAGCUGCAGAAUCUCUAGAUCCACAUUUUGCCUCACUCCAGUAUGUGAUUUUACGCCCAUUCAGAUCCUGUACGGCGCGGUAGUUAUCCACCAAAGUUUUGUUGUUGCGAUCUUUAAGGCGCCGCAAUUCAGCAAGCUGAAAUGAACGAGAAAACAUAUUGUACAUUAUACCACUCUGGUUGAACUAUUAAGCCACAAUGUACUCACUGUCCCACGCACCUGGCUCUUCGAAAUAUAAACUGGCUGAUCAAAAAUUGUCCAUAGUAUGCUUUCAUCACAUGUGGGAUUGGUAAUAGAGCCCUCAUAUCGGUAGAUGACGGUCAGGUUUUUUGGUAACAGCUUAUUGAGUGCAAAUUGAGUGAUGUUCACCUUUGUUUCUGAAAUAA